GGGGGCUGUAAAAACUGAUGCACAUGCUUACACAGGGGCAUCACGUGAUACAGGCACGCGGCUGGAAAAGCAAAGUGCCAGACAUUUGUGUAAUGUGCUGGUUUCAGCUUGCUGUUGAACCUUUUUGGAAUUACGAUAUAUAAUGCAGUUUAACAAACGAAUAUGUUGAUGGCAUGUUCAUAACGAUAAUGUUUGCUGACUGGUUAGCCUGCAACGAACACGUGGACAUUGUUGUUGUUAGCCUUGUAGCUAGCUGUCAUUUCAUACGGUUAGAUCGCACCUAUUCUGGUAAUGAAACUAAGUUACCUUGCUUGGCUCACAAAUUUAAUCAAAAGAUGAUUGUUUUCUCAAAAUGACAAGUGAACGUAGAUCACAGAAAGACUGGUAUUCUAUACUUGAAUCCAGUCCAUCGGAUAUGCUACAAGACCUCAAACAGAAGUACCAAAGACUGGCCUUAAUGUAUCACCCCGACAAGCAGGGCCCAGAUGUGACUGUGACUGAGGCAGAGGAGCACUUACACAGGUUCAUUGAGGUCGAUCAGGCUUGGAAGGUUCUGAGCAACCAGGAGACCAAGAGAGCCUACGAUCUGCAGUUGCGUGCCAGCGAACUGAAUCAGAGUUGGCCAGUCGACGCCUAUGUCUGUCUGGACGACAUGACUUGGGAUGAUGAUAACGAGGUGUACACGUAUGGCUGUCGCUGUGGAGGGGAAUUCUCCAUUGGAAGAGAGGAGACGGAGGGAGAAGAGGCCAUUGUGUGCUGUGAUACCUGUUCACUCAGCAUAGAAGUCAAGACGACAAUCUGACUGUCUCAUUGUUCGCCAGACGCCUCUAAAUCCUGAAGAGCUAGAUCAAGGAGGUUCAUAGUUUUCUUUUAAUCUACAUCCACCGAACAUGUGUCCACAUUUGAACCUUUAUAAAUGGACACCCCCAUGGGACCUUGUGCACUUGUCUAUUGGACAAUGAAAGGAAAUUUGAUUUAGCCUUUUUUAAAUGUCAUGCAAUAAAAUCAUUGUGCAAAAUUCAACUAACAA